AUGACGCAGGAGUUGAACUCCACCGUCAAGGGAUUGAUUCAAUCAUCGCUGACAAGUUCAGUAACACUGAGCAAAAUAAUGCUGCAUAUUGUCACAUUUUUCAUGAAUAUCAGCGAAUGGGACUUUCUGUUACGUUCCUUCUCGAAAUUCAAAAGCCCGUUCUUGGACGUGGCCAAAAUGAUUGGAGCUUAUAUGACAACUACUGAUUCCGCAGUAGCUCGUCAAAUUGCCGAGGGCCCCUGGUGGCAAGUGAUGAGUUCGACCUUUCAAGAUUUUUCCGGCAAUAAAAGGCGUAACGAUGGAUCAUUGAUUCGCGAACAGGGCAGGCAACUGCUUCUUACGAGGAUGCAGUUCCUGGAACUGCUGCGAUUGAUCAAGGAGCAGCGUACUCUGUCAUUUUUGAUAAGCUUCAUUGGCAAAAUGUUCAAUGCGGCACUGUUGAAGAAUGAGCCUACUGGAUCAGCCCCAGGACAAGAAAUCUAUAAAGGCAUUUUUGUAGAACAUUCCGAUUAUUGGUUGUCCUGUAUUGAGUGA